AUGUUAGAAAAAGAGAGGAAGAAGAGGUAUGGAAUUUUAAUGUGUGGAGAGGAUUCAGAGUACUUGUUAAAGAGACAUGGAGGUUGUUAUGGUUUCUUCACAAAAAUGUUGGCUGAGGAAGGAGAAACAUGGGACCUAUACAAGGUUGUUAAUGGAGAAUUUCCUCAAGAAGAUGAUGUUUGUUUGUACGAUGGUUUUGUCAUCACUGGAAGCUGUCAUGAUGCACAUGCCAAUGACCCUUGGAUCCUUAAACUCCUCACUCUCAUUCACACUUUGAAUUCAUUCAACAAAAAAAUCCUUGGCAUUUGCUUUGGCCAUCAGAUAAUUGGGAGAGCAUUAGGAGGUAAAGUUGUUCGAUCUACAGCUGGUUGGGACAUUGAUGUCACUAGCAUCAACUUGUUACAAUCAUCUUAUUCAAAUAAUUUGCCAUCAAGCCUUUCACUCUUCCAAUGUCACCGUGAUGAGAUUCGAGAUUUGCCCAAAGAAGCUGAGAUUAUUGGUUGGUCUGAAAAAACUGGAAUUGAGAUGUUUGGAUAUGGAGAUCAUAUAUUAGGGAUUCAAGGCCACCCUGAAUUUACGAUUGACAUAUUAUUUCACUUUAUUGAUCGUCUCACUCAUUGUAAUUUAAUUCAGGAAACUUUUGCUUUAAACGCAAAGGUAAAAGCAACGUUACGGAAGCCAGACUCAGAAGCAUGGAAAACACUUUGUCUCACAUUUUUUAAAGGACAAUUAUGA